AUCCCACUAAUUGCUCAUGAUGAAGGUUAAUUGUGACUUGUUAAUUGUUCUAGUAAAAUGCAUCUCAUUCACUUUGUGUGCUCGCAGGCCCACACACGGUAUCCGGCUCCCGCGACAGGUGCGCCGAUCGGCAAUAUAGACAAAGUGACAUUAUAAAGCGACCCAAAAUUAAAGCCAGUAAUUCAGUUACUGCAAAACCACAUAAGCUGUACGAGCUUGAACCGAAACCACAACAUUUACUUCGAUCUUUCGCAGAAAGCCGAACAUUCCGAGGUAUGUAUUACAUUUUAAACUUUUUUCGCGUUAUCGCACAGGUUUUGGUGCGAAAAAGGGGAGGCUUAAUUAGGGCCCAAACGCAUUGAUUUAAUGAUAUGAAAUUUUCAUGCUUUCUCAAUUGCAUUGUACACCUUUAUUUUUUAUAUUUUAAACUUAACUACAGAAAUUGUACAUAGAACAAGCUACAAGUGGAAAAUUUCUUUAGCUUGAAGCCUGAAAACUGGGAAAAAUCGCCAUAAAGUGUAUCGAAAAAUCGUAAAAGAGAGUGCAAAUGUUGUGAUAUGGAACUGUAUGAGCACUGUGCGCUGAAUAUUAAUCUUGAACAAUUCAACAUUUUCACAAAAACACCUUUAAAGUAGCUAGUUCUUUAAAAUGGGUUUACCAAACCAGAUAGUUUAACUCAGUAAAAUUUAAAAUCGUCGCAGUUUUUGUUGUAAAUAGUAAUUUCAAAAUCAAUAUGCUUGCAUGUGGUAUAGUUAAUAUCAUGCUGACUCUAAAACUGUCUAUUUCAUGACUUGACUUUCAAUUAUGUUUAGUUAAAUUGAUCGAAUUUCACUUUUAUUGGGUUUAACAAUUAAUGUUAGAAGAACUAUUCAAGAAUAACCCAUGUUUCUUGCACUGGUUAGCAAAAAAUGAACUUUAGUCAUUGAAAAAAAAAUGUUAUCAGAUGGGCGUAGCAACAUGGAAUAAUUAAUUUCGAAAUGAAAGUAAGUUCAGUUCCAAUGCAUUGCCGCCUCUAAAUCAUGCCGGUAUCAAAUUAAGGCGAGCUAUUGAGCUUAUAUACCUAUUUAAUAAAAUAGUUCAAUUGAUUGGAUUUUAUUUUCUUCUGCGUUAUUGGCGUAGCGAUUUAGUCUUGAAAAAGUGAUUCAAGGGUGAACAUGAAAAAGUAUAGGUAAAAGAUACUAACAGUAACUUUAACAGUAAAACAUUGAUUGGGUUGUGGUAUCACAAUCGCGUUUGGUGUGUCUAGACUCCCCUGUGGAGGAACAAGCGAUUUUAAUUUUAUCUGGUUAGUAUCACAUUGCAACACAAUGUCUGAAAAAGCUAUGUACUCACAGAGUUAUAAAGGAUGGUGAGCAUGGCCAAUGUUUUUCAUUCUCAUUUUUUUGUUUGGAUGUGUAAAGUAACGAGAACGUGUCGGUGGAGUUCUCUUCAUAGAUGAUGCCGCUUCAUCACUCUCGAGUGCUUUCUCUCGGAUUUAAGUUUUUUUUAUCUCGGCCCGCUUUCAUAGAGAAGCGCAGAAUGGCAGAAACCAUCUGCAUAGGAGAGUGGGCGGAUUGAAACAAGGGUCAAUGUCUAGAGUAUCAAUCUAAAGUAUACCGCCUUAUUACUCUCUUUUGUACUUUCUCUGUGCUCAUUACCUCAAAAAGCAUCUGUGGAGGAAAAAGCAAAGCAUACAGACCGUGCCCACAAUUUUUAUACGGACACUUUUUUACAUAACAUCGCUCCUCUGUGUCCGAGUGUUGCAUGUUAUGGUAAAAUUACUUUGGAUAACCUAGCCCUAACGUGGAGUUUUAAUAGGGAACGUUCAGACUCGUUUAACAUUGAGACAACUGCGGGGAUUGAGAGAGUUUCAACUACCUGAAAAAAUAUAACCAUACUUCGACGUUUUGAGCGAAAUCCUUUCGUCGAGAAAUUAAUAGCCGACAAAGGACCUUCGCCUUUUAUAUUUUUCAGGUAGGCGUGUGUCUCUCAAUCCGACGCUUAUUAUCAUCGCUGCCCACACUGGCACCUACCGUUCGUUUAACAUUGUCUGAACUUUGACUUUUUAGACUCGAGCAUGAACUACAUGUUAGCAUUGCUACUGAUAUGUAGCAUCCUAAGUGCCGUCACUCCAGCUGCUGUGAAUGAGGUCGAAAAUGAUAAGUCAGUGGCAGUUAGCGCGGAGGUGACUCACGAAGAGGUUGACGAAGAUGCUAGCGAGCUUUUAUUCAACGACAAGGGAAAAGAGCGAGACGAGGAUUCUGGAAAAGAUGUGAAACAGGACGAGAGCAAGACGAGAGAACUCGAUUCAGCCCAAGGUAGAUUUGGUCGUAUCCUUAACCAAGGUCGGUUUGGACGUACCGAGAAAACCCAAGGACGCUUCGGAAGAGAGUCGGCUCAAGGCAGAUUUGGUAGAGCAGAAACCCAUCUUGAAAAAGAGCAAGGACGAUUCGGGCGAGAGUCUCUGAAUCAAGGUCGGUUCGGGAGAGAAAAAACCACCAGUGAUACAAAGGACUCGGAACAGGGACGCUUCGGCCGGGAAUCUACGGAUCAAGGUCGAUUUGGAAGGGACAAUGUUCAUAUCAGUGCUGGAUUUGAUGUGAGCAGUUUAGAUCAAGGGCGUUUCGGACGAACGGUCCAAGGUAGAUUCGGACGGGAGGAGCAAGGUCGUUUUGGGCGAGAGAAAGAAAACCAAGGUAGAUUCGGUCGAGAGGAGGCCGAUAGCGAUGUUUUUGAAUUGCAAGGGCGUUUUGGGAGGAAUUACAAGGAUCAAGGACGAUUUGGUGGACGACGGAUGCUUUCGACACAGGGUCGGUUUGGAAGGAACAUUGACAGGAAAUCUGACCAAGGACGGUUUGGAAGAGAGUUCUCGGAGAAAAACGAGCAAGGGCGGUUCGGAAGAGAAUUAUCUAAGAAUGAAGAGCAAGGGCGAUUUGGUAGGAAAUUAUUAGAAUUUAACGACCAAGGACGGUUUGGACGCGAUUUUUCGGAAAAUGAUGAACAAGGACGGUUUGGGAGGGAGUUUUCGGAAAGCCAAGGACGGUUUGGAAGAGAUUUUGUGGAAAAUGAAAACCAAGGUCGUUUCGGAAGGAAGAUGUCGGAAGAUGAACAAGGUCGGUUUGGAAGAGAAGACACGAAAAAUGAAGACCAGGGGAGGUUCGGUAGAGAGUUCUUGGAAAGCAACGAGCAAGGACGGUUUGGACGAGAAUUAUCAGAAAGCAAAGAUCAAGGACGGUUUGGAAGAGAUUAUUCGGAGAAAAACGAACAAGGAAGAUUUGGUAGGAACUUGGAAGAAAAUAUGGAUCAAGGUCGAUUUGGUCGUGAUUUCUCUGAAACUGAAGUCAAGGAAGAUUCGGUCCAAGGAUGAUUUUUGGUGGCGAGAAAUAAAAAAAUAGUUGAAACAAAAAUUAUGAGGUACAUGUAUAUUAGACUAAAAUGCCUUUAUUCUCAUCAAAUGUUAUAUAAUAAUGUUUGUUAAUCCACGAGAAUAAAUCGUGCCUUUUAACAAGAGAUUAUAGUUUAACAGAACAAAUUUAAAUGAUUUAAGAUCGUCAAAUUUGUGAAUUUUAAUAGAAGUAAAGCCACAAUGUGUGAAUAGCUAAAUAACCCCCGAUGUGAUGUGUGUUGAAUUUUAAUUGAUCUUUAAUGAUUCUUGUUUUCAAGCAGUAUGUAUGAUUCAACAUUUAUGACACAUAAAUUUUAUGUGUUGAUUGUAUGAUAAAUGUUUGCUAUGGCUGGAUAGGAGCAAGAUCUUUGGAUUUCCGACCCAAAUUCAAAGACAAGGUAGCCAAAAGUCAUUAAGUCGGACCAAUUUUGAUGCUUAAUGAGUGUUGCCUUUGAACUACCUUUGAAUUUUAGUCAAAUUCUGAAAUUCUUGAUUCCUGUAUAGAUAUGCUACUUUUAUUUUAUUAAGGAGCUCAUGCGAUGAAAUUCAGAUUAGUUUUGGGGUCUGGUUUUGCAUGUUCAAGUCUAUAGGAAAAUCCGUCUACAGUUAAACUGUUUUAAAACAAACUACGUUUUUAAAGGGGCAGUGUCACGGUUCUACUGCGCAUCCAAAAUAUGCGUGAACUUGAAAAACUGUCUGCCAACAAUUAAUCAAGUUAGGAGUGAAAUACGAUAUACUAUUUAUAAUCCCUCCGUUAUGCAGGACAUUCUUACUUUGUUUUAAAUAUUGAAGGCUGCUGGAUCUUUUCCGAUCAUGUAGCAUUCAUUUUUAAAUGUUUCUUUGCGCCGUUUAUUUUAGCCAAUCAGCGCCGUGACACUGCUCCUUUAAUUGUUAAGAAUAUGUUGAAAUAAACUGUUUCGUCCAUAAGAUGACUGGCUUUCCCCCCAAAUUAUAAACUACUAACAAGGUAUCACAGGAUAUAUUUUCUGAUUUUUGCGUCUCUACUUGCUGUAUAAAUCUGUCUUUUGUUCGCUCGAACUUUAUAAACUGAGUCACAGUUUGGCCCUGUAAAACAUACAUCUUGUUCGUCCUUCUCUGACCACACGAAACAACAUCCAUCACCUUGAAAGAAACGAAAAGAAAUAUUUUUUUAUCAAAAUACAGUAGUUUCCUUCACUCCUAUGCAAUUAGUAUGCAG